AUGUCAGAAUAACAAAAGAACUUGGAACCUCCUCAAGAAUAACCAGAUCAAGAACAAUCACUCUUGUAACAAGCUCUAGAGAAUAGAUAGGUUUUUGAUUCGGAAAUUUAAUAAUAAAUUCAGAAAGAUGCUUUUGACUUUAAGAUGGAAGUCAAUAAUAAAGAAGAAGACUUAGGAAUGAUGAAGAGAGAUAUAAUCAAGAAGAGGAAGAAGAGGGAAAAGAAAGAGAAAUUGAUAUCUGCAAGAAGAUUAAAACGAUUGCUGAAAAAGAAACCUGUUGAUAAGAUUAGAUUAGUUUACUAAGCUUAUUUCUUUAUAGUUAGUAUUACCGUACUCACCCUAAGUAUAUUGUCAUACAGAGAUCAAACAGUUUAUGAAGGAGAUUAUCAGUAAUUCGUUGACAAUGUUAAUUCCUAUGUAAUUGAUGAUAUUCAAUUCACAUAUACUAAUAAAAAUUGCAAAACUCAGUUCGGAAGUCAAUAUUCGUCCCUUUAUGAAUACCAUUGGCCAGGUACUAAGAUUGGAUGUGAUUGUAGUAAAGGAUUUAAUUUCUCUUCAUUAACAGAAUUUAAUAUUGAUGCGUUUUUCAGUGAAUCCUUUAUGCUUGGCCGUAUUUGCAGUUAAGACUUGCUCUCUAAGAAUUGUAAUACAGUGAACGAACAGCAACCUAAAAUCUUUAACUCAUGGAAUGAUGGAUCAUAUGGAAGACCCUUUGUAUUGUGUGCCAGAAGAUAACUUGGAAUUGAUUUACAAUCUAACUAAACCAAUUGUCAAUCCGAUCAUAAAGUCUGUGGAACUGGUGAUAAUUCAUUUUGCGUCCCCUCCGAUAUCAGUUGUCCUAUAUCAGAAAUUGGAUUUACUACAAAUUCAAAUUAUUAAAAUUUAUCAUUAAAAAACGAUACAAAUAUAGGGAAUAUUUUUGAUUUGGGAUCAGGAUUCUAUUUUUAUUAUAUCAAAAACACUUCAAGUUUACCAAUUGUAGAAUUUAGAGUUACUGAAGGAGACAAGGUAUGUAGAAGGAAUUUAGAUCAAAAUAUUUCACCAAACCGAAUAGAUUAUCCUUUAAUGGUAUCAAUGAGAAAAUAAUGCGAAAAUACUGACUAACUCUUCUAAGUAAUCCAUUCUAUCGAUGAAGAGUAAUUUUAUCUUUCCAAUAAUGUAAUUUAUUUAUCUGAAAAAUUACCUUAUUUUAACAUUGAUACCAAAUAUAAUUGGACACUUCAUGCUAAAACUUUUAUUCCUUGGGCACCUCAAUGUCGAGGAGAGUUAUUUGAUUAGGUUCUACAAGAAGGAGCUAAUUUGCAUCAUGUUUACAUAUCUUUAAGAGUUUAACUAGGAGUUACUAUUGCCUAUUUUAUUGUUAUUGGCCUUAUUUUUAAUGUUGUUGGAACGAUGACUGCUUGCAACUUUGCUUGGUCUUGUAUGGCAACUAGGCCUGAUUCAUAAUAUAAUUAUAUUUUCCUAAUUGAAGUUGGAUUCAAAAUACUAUUAUAAAUAACUGAGAUAAUUGUUAUAAUAGUCUCUUUUGCUAUCAUAGAUGGCAAAAGAAAGAUAAUUAAAUAAAUUAAUGAUGAUGGAUGUGUAUCUGAUCCUGUUAGUGGCUAUUUCUUUACUAAUUUGGAAAGCGAUUUAACUAAAUUUGCUUGGUCUUACAAUCUAGCCAAUUUAGUGAUAUUCACAGUUACUCUUAUUCUUGAUCUAAUCAUAAUUAAACACUCAAUUAAUUAAGGACAUCAUCAUGGAGCAAAAAAACACCAUGAAAAAGGAGAGCAUUAAGAAUUAGAUGUUGGAUCAAAUGGUGAAUCAGGAAAUUAGUAAGAAAUUAAAAGUGAUGUAAAACUCUAAGCUAAGUCAGAGCCUCAAGUAUGA